GUGAGACUAUUUUGAGAAUUCUUUAUGCGACUAGAGGCCUGAUAAGAAAUAACGUAAUCGUGAUUAUUGUAUGCAUAAACGUUGAAUUACACAUUGAAGUAUAUGAGGUGUUGUUGGAAAAAGAGGAAAUUAGUUUUGCUGUUGAUGCGGACAAUCGUUAUCGAGUUUGAUUCGCGAUAAGCUCGCCAUGCAGCAGGUAAUCUUAUCGUGGAGUGAUAAUAGUUUAUAAGUGUCAGUGAGUUACGCGCUCUGCGACCCGAUGCUACUAGUACUAGGCAGGGUAACAAGGGAAAUCUGUUGGCAAUACUAACACAGUGCACUAAAUUCCUAGUGACCAUGAAGACAAAACAUCUAUGCUUUAUUUUGGCAGCUUGUCUGAUACAAGGAAUCGUUAGCGGCCAAGAAAGCGAUGUAACAGAAAUACCCUCAGAGGGUGAUAUCCAAUCUCUGUCAGACACAAAAAAUGCCGACGAUGCUAUCGAAGGUAGUGGAGACCCAUCUAUAGAUGAUAAUAUUGAAAUCACAACACAAGCAGCAAUUCCAAAAUUAGAACAUAUAAUGCCACUGGAAGCAAAUGAAAAUGAACAAGACAUUAACAGUUCCUCCUCUACAUUACCAUGCCCAAAACCAUGCGUAUGUAGCAUUGAAGGCGAUAAAAACAAAUUCGUCGUAAAUUGUGCUGGAUAUUCUCUCACAGAAUUCCCGUGGCCACUAGAUUCAAGGAUAACCACGUUAAAUUUAAAUAACAAUAAGUUAACGGAGAUUCCGAAAGAAAUAUCCACUUUAAAAGAAUUGGAAGUACUUAAUGCAGACGACAACCUAAUAAUGGAAUUAGCUGCAGGCUCUGUGAGCGAGCUGCCGGCAUUAGUGAAGUUAAAACUAGCAAAUAACCGCCUAAUUGAAUUCCCGCAAGAUUUAAAGAAUAGCCUAUCUCUAAUAAAGUUAGAAGAACUGGACCUGGGAGGCAACGACAUAAGAACGACAUUCACAACGGAACUUUUUUCGAAUUUGAAGUCACUGCGCAAACUAACGUUGCCAUCAACGUCGUCAGAUCUUUCUGAAGAUUUAUGCAAAUCAUUAAAGGAAUCUUUGGAAAGUGUUUGCUACGAAUCAUGCAAUAAGCAAAUUUUUGAAUGUCCAGAUGCACCAGAAUCGAUUGGAGAUGACUUAUUCGAUGCAACAUUACCGGGUAUGAUUGCGUUCCAACCCGAAGCUGUUCAGAAAUCAUUGAACACUGCGUCUAGUUCAAGUAAUUCUACGCCUAGUACGGAAGCAACAACAGCACCUACCCCGCAAACUAGUGCAGCUUCUUCAAUUUCUGAAAGCACUUCGUCAGUAACAGAAUUUUCUCUUCGCAAUGCCGUCAACCAGCAGCCUAUGGAUAACGUUCCUUUGAAUAGUAUUGUACAGGCUCCAACAGAAACGUCACAAACAGAUUCAGAAGUAAAGAUAGGUGCAAAAACAGCGGAAACAAAAUCUGGAGGUGGUGUCGACAAAAGUGUAAUAGGUAUUAUAAUAGCAGCUAUGGUUGUAAUCGUAGCCCUUAUAACCAUUAAAAAGAAUUGGAGUUCAAUAAAGAAAAAAUUCGGCUCAACACCUAGAACAAACGAACGCACCACGGCCAAUGGUACAUCUCCAGAAGAAGUCCCAUUACAAGAUAAGUCUAACGAUAAAUCGCCUGUUUAGAUUCAGUGGAUGACGAAUGCACUAACUAUUAUACUCGUGUUGAAUGAACUUGAUCUGAAUGAGACAAAAUAUGUUUGCGAAACGUCAUGUAUGUUAUUUAACUUAUCUUUUGACUAGUUUGUGGACGCGUGUGUAUUUAUGUAACUAGUUAAAAUGUUAUUUAAUUUUGUAAAAACGAAAUUGUAGAAUAAGUUUAUUAAUAUAGAUUUUUUUAUGUAAAUAAAAAAGCGCUUUUGUAUUACGUCACACUUGUAAUAAAUUACUGAA